AUGAAAAAUAGAACAUCAGUGACCGAUUUUAUUCUCCUUGGACUGACUGAUAACCUGAAACUACAAAUUUUGAUUUUCUUCUUUUUAUUCAUUACUUAUGUACUGAGUGUUUCUGGAAAUCUCAUUAUAAUUAUUCUUACUUUGCUGGACUCCCAACUGAAGACACCUAUGUAUUUCUUCCUCAGAAAUUUCUCUUUAUUAGAAAUUUCCUUUACAUCUGUGUGUAAUCCUAGAUUUAUGAUGAGUAUUGCAACUGGAGACAGAUCUAUUUCCUACAAUGCUUGUGCAGCUCAGUUAUUUUUUUUCAUCUUUCUGGGUGCAACAGAGUUUUUUCUUCUGGCCACUAUGUCCUAUGACCGUUAUGUAGCAAUAUGCAAGCCUCUACAUUAUACAACUAUCAUGAGUAACAAGAUCUGCUACAAAUUGGUAAUCUCCUCUUGGCUGGCUGGAUUUUUGGUAAUCUUUCCACCUCUGAUCAUGGGUUUAGAUUUGGAGUUCUGUGACUCUAAUAUCAUUGACCACUUUACCUGUGAUUCUGCUCCUGUGCUGCAAAUUUCUUGCACAGACACGAGCACUCUAGAGCUCAUAAGCUUUGUUUUAGCUGUACUAACUCUUUUGACCACUUUGACAUUAGUAAUCCUCUCCUACUCUUACAUCCUCAGAACAAUUCUGAGAAUCCCAUCAGCUCAACAAAGGAAAAAGGCCUUCUCAACUUGCUCUUCCCAUAUGAUUGUGGUCUCCAUUUCCUAUGGAAGUUGCAUUUUUAUGUAUGUCAAAACAUCACCAAAAGAAGAAGUUGCUUUGACAAAGGGAGUUGCAGUGCUCAAUACUUCUGUUGCCCCUAUGCUGAAUCCAUUUAUUUACACAUUAAGGAACCAACAGGUGAAACAAGCUUUUAAAAAUGUAGUGCGAAAGAUACUUUCAUAUAAAACAUUGUCCUGA